AUGGGCAAAGCUUCUAGGAAUAAGACGAAGCAUCGCGCUGAUCCUACCGCAAAAACUGUUAAGCCACCCACUGACCCAGAGCUUGCAGCAAUUCGAGUUAACAAAAUUCUGCCAAUUCUCCAAGAUUUACAAAGUGCAGACCAGUCAAAGAGAUCAACUGCUGCAACUGCCAUUGCGAACCUCGUUGACGAUACAAAAUGUCGAAAGUUAUUCUUGAGAGAGCAAAUUGUUCGUAUUCUACUCGAACAAACCCUUACAGACUCAAGCAUGGAAACUAGAAUCGCAGGAUGGGGAAUAAUGAGAAAUUUGGCAUUGGAAGAGGAAGCGGACUUUUGCGUUCAUUUGUUCAGGCAGGAUAUAUUGACCGCAAUUGAAGGGGCUGUGAAAUCGAUCAUUGAAACUAUCGAUUCAAAAGACAUUCCGUUAUCGAAACUCCCAAAACCUCAGCAAGAUCUCGUUUGGAAUCUUACAAGUUCUGUAAUAACACUUUUGACCUCUCUAUCUGAGGCAGAUAUCGAAAUUGUCGAAGCUAUUUCUAAAAUAUCUACAAUUGUUAACUUUCUCUUCGGAUUAUUGUCUCUCGAUACUACCCCGUUGGAAACUCACAACGAAGCAUUAUCAUGUUUGGCGGUUUUAACGGAAGACAACAAAACCUUGGUCGAAUUUAUCACGGAGCAAAAUGAUUGGUUUAAGCUACUUAUGCGACUGAAGAACUCUGGUGGAUUCAGGGGUGUUGCUACUUGUGGAGUGCUUCACAAUAUUUUUACAGCCAUGAACUGGGCUGAUGACAAUACUCCCAUGGAUGGUGCCUCAGAUGCUAUUCUUCUUCCUACCUUGAUUGAGUCGAUGCAACAAGCACAAGAGACAAAUAGCACCAACGGCACAAACGGUCACACGACACAUUCUAGUCCAGAUCGAGUGUUGCAAAUGGCCUUGGAGAUUACCGCAUCUAUCGCAACUAGCCUUCAAGAAGCCCUUGAGCUCGGCAAUAGAAAGGAGGAGGUCUUUGAAGGAUUUGGAGAUGAUGAGGAAGUGGCUGAGGAUCAGAUGGUUGACGGCGAUGCAGAUCUGUCUGAAGGCGACUUGAGUGACGGGGAGAACGAAAUGACACAAGAAGAUAUCGAGGCCGACAUGGAUAUGGUUCUAGGAGAUGAUUCGGAAGAAGAGGAGACAUCUAAUGAUCAGGACACACUCCAUCAGCUCAUCCAAAUCGCUUGUCCUGUCGUUAUAGCACUUGCACAGCCAUCCGAGGACUCAAAAAUGGAGGAUGAUGUACUACAAACCCCUGCCUUGGCAGCUCUGAACAAUAUUGCAUGGACCGUCUCAUCAAUUGACUUUUCCAAAAGUCAUCUCGGCAAUCUGCAAAAGGCAUGGGCUAGUCUUGCCCAACGUAUCUGGGAUGAAGUGGUCUGUCGUGUACUUGCUUCCAAUACGGCGAACAUUGAAUUGGCUGCUUCUACUACAAGCAUUGCCUGGGCUGUUUGUAAGAGUGUUCAAGGUCGUGUUCAAAUACGAGCGGAUGAGCACAGAAAGUUUAUGGCUCUCUACCAUGCUUCAAAAGGCUUUGAAACUCCAACCGAUUCCAAGACUGGCAAGAAAGAUGCAACGGAUCUUGACGACUCAGCUUUCCAGUCUUUAGGUGUCAAAUGUAUUGGUGUACUAGGUAGUCUCGCCCUUGAGCCUGCGCCUACCGAACUUAAUCGAGAAAUUGGUGUCUUCAUUGUCACUCUUCUUGCUGGUGUUCCCGAAACGCCUGCGGCGCACGCAGUAGAAGCACUUAACGAAAUCUUUGACAUUUAUGCCGAUAAAAGUUAUUCAUUUGACCAGUCCGUUUUCUGGGGAAAUGGUUUUGACAAACAUUUAGAGGAAACUUUACCUAAAUGUAAGAAGAUGGCUAAAACGAUCGACAAGAGAAAGUCUCCAGAGCUACGUUCGAGAGUUGAUGAAGCAGUAUUGAAUUUAGCGAGAUUCUUGAAGUACAAGAGGACCGAAAAAUCUAGCUAG